AUGGCCGAACAAACCGAGAAGGCUUUUCUGAAGCAACCAAAAGUGUUUCUCAGCUCGAAGAAAACUGGUAAGGGGAAGAGACCUGGUAAAGGUGGAAACCGCUUUUGGAAAUCCAUUGGUCUUGGAUUUAAGACUCCUAGGGAAGCAAUCGAAGGAACCUACAUUGAUAAGAAAUGCCCUUUCACUGGCAAUGUCUCCAUCCGGGGUCGUAUUCUAGCUGGAACAUGUCAUAGUGCUAAGAUGAACAGGACUAUUAUUGUUAGGAGGAAUUAUCUCCAUUUUAUUAAGAAGUAUCAGAGGUACGAGAAGAGACACUCAAAUAUUGCUGCCCACAUAUCACCUUGUUUCCGUGUGAAGGAAGGAGAUCACGUCAUUAUUGGUCAAUGCAGGCCUCUCUCUAAGACAGUGAGGUUCAAUGUAUUGAAAGUGAUCCCUGCCGGAUCUUCUAGUGGUGCAAAGAAGGCAUUUUCUGGAAUUGCAAAAGGGUUCCCUCCUUUUGGUAUGCUUGACUUGACCAUAAAGACUUACAUGCAUGACCUUGUUGGAAUCCAUGAUAAUAAACAAUUGCCAGUUGCUGAGUUGAACUUGCCACUUGGCCACAACUGCUGUGUUGACACCAUGUGUGUGCAAGAGGGUGAACAAGUUGGUGAGGAUAUAGAGAAGAACGUUGUUGAUAACAGAAGGGUGUCAUGGCCUUUGCAUUGUGAUCUCUUGCAUGCCCACAUGGAUAACAGGGAAAAAGACUCUUCCUUUAGAUGUCCCACUGACCAGAUCAGUGUUGCAAAUUCAUUUCCUCUCGAAAGCAUAUGUGAGGAUACAGAAAUUGGGGACAAAAAACAAAACCUGAUGAACUUUGUUCCUACUCUUCGGUCUGGAGAGUGGUGUGAUAUUGGAGAGCGCCCUUCCAUGGAGGAUACCCACAUAAGCAUUGGAGACUUGGCCCAAAAAUUUGGCAAUAAUGUACUCUGUGAGGAAGCUAUUUCCUUUUAUGGUGUAUUUGACGGACACGGAGGGAAGAGUGCUGCACAAUUCGUCCGUGAUCACCUGCCACGGGUGAUUGUUGAGGAUGCUGACUUUCCUUUGGAACUUGAGAAGGUUGUCACAAGGUCCUUUUUGGAGACUGAUGCAGAGUUUGCGAGAUCAUGUUCAAUUGAGUCUUCGUUGUCUUCUGGCACAACUGCGCUGACUGCAAUUAUAUUUGGAAGGUCGUUACUGGUAGCCAAUGCUGGAGACUGCCGUGCCGUGUUAUCACGUGGUGGACGGGCAAUAGAAAUGUCCAAAGAUCACAGGCCGUUGUGCAUUAAAGAAAGGAUGAGGGUUGAGUCUGCAGGUGGAUACAUAGAUGAUGGUUAUCUGAAUGGGCAGUUAGGUGUGACUCGUGCUCUAGGCGACUGGCAUAUUGAAGGAAUGAAGGAAAAGAAUGGAAAGGAUGGACCAUUGAGUGCUGAGCCUGAACUUAAAUUGAUGACAUUGACCAAAGAAGAUGAAUUCUUGAUCAUUGGCAGCGAUGGAAUCUGGGAUGUUUUUCGCAGCCAGAACGCAGUGGACUUUGCUCGAAGGAGGCUUCAAGAACACAAUGAUGUGAAGCAGUGUUGCAAGGAGAUAAUAGGAGAAGCAAUAAAGAGAGAAGCAACGGACAACUUGACAGUGGUGGUGGUAUGUUUUCAGUCAGAACCACCACCUCCUGUAGUUGUAGAAAGGCCUAGAGUCAGAAGAAGCAUAUCUGCUGAGGGGCUUCAAAAUCUUAAAUGCUUGCUACAAGGAUAG